AUGCCUCUAUCGAACGACUAUUAUUACGCAUCCAACAAAACACGAAGAGAUGUGGAGCUACGGUUUUCCAGCGGCGAUAAGUUGGUUCGAAGAGGACAAGGAAUCCAAGCAUUUCAUUUUAAAAACAAAUGCAAAUCUCUACGUUGUCCUGACCGAGCUCUUAAUCUUCAUGUGUUUAUUUUUGGUUCUGACGUGCAGUGUGAAUGCCAUCUCAGUAUUCUUUCUCUGCUGUCGCCGUGCCAAGAAUCGAAGUCGAGUUGA